GAGUCUGAUGCUUGAUUGGCUUUGCUUGCUUACAUUUUAUCGACUUUUAAUCGAAGAUAUAAAUAAAUAGUGGUUAUGGGUGAAGAUAAAGAUCGGCGACGCAGAUCUCGUUCACGGGAUCGAAGACGUUCAAGAUCCCGUUCUAGAGAGCGUAGAGAAAAAAGAAGAAGUAGGUCCAAAUCGCAAUCUAAGAGGUCGCGGAGGCGCAAGCCUUCUCUUUAUUGGGAUGUUCCACCUCCAGGUUUUGAGCAUAUAACCCCAUUGCAAUAUAAAGCCAUGCAAGCAGCUGGGCAAAUUCCGGCCAAUAUUGUUGCUGAUACUCCUCAGGCAGCUGUGCCGGUUGUUGGUUCAACCAUCACUCGCCAAGCAAGACGUUUGUAUGUAGGAAACAUACCCUUUGGAGUGACUGAAGAAGAAACUAUGGAGUUUUUCAAUCAACAGAUGCAUCUCUCUGGCUUAGCACAAGCAGCCGGAAAUCCUGUAUUAGCUUGUCAAAUAAACUUGGACAAAAAUUUUGCAUUCCUUGAAUUUAGGUCUAUUGAUGAAACAACUCAAGCUAUGGCUUUUGAUGGUAUUAACUUUAAAGGGCAGAGUUUGAAGAUAAGACGACCUCAUGAUUAUCAACCAAUGCCUGGAACUGAGAAUCCAGCCAUUAAUGUUCCUGCUGGGGUUAUUAGUACUGUAGUUCCAGAUUCCCCACAUAAGAUUUUCAUUGGAGGUCUGCCUAAUUAUCUCAAUGAAGAUCAAGUAAAGGAGCUUUUGAUGUCAUUUGGGCAACUGCGUGCUUUCAAUUUGGUGAAAGAUUCAUCAACGGGACUCAGUAAGGGUUAUGCCUUUGCUGAAUAUGUUGAUAUUUCUAUGACUGAUCAGGCUAUUGCUGGCUUAAAUGGAAUGCAACUUGGAGAUAAGAAACUGAUCGUUCAACGAGCCAGCAUUGGAGCAAAGAACUCUACUCUAGCUAUGACCGGCGCGGCUCCAGUGCAGCUACAAGUGGCUGGUCUGACUUUAGCAGGGGCCGGGCCGGCUACCGAAGUACUUUGUCUACUUAACAUGGUCACCCCAGACGAACUACGGGAUGAAGAGGAAUACGAAGACAUUCUUGAAGACAUAAAAGAGGAAUGCAAUAAGUACGGUUGUGUACGUAGUAUAGAGAUUCCCAGACCUAUUGAAGGCGUAGAAGUACCUGGUUGUGGAAAGGUGUUUGUAGAAUUCAACAGCAUUGCUGAUUGUCAGAAGGCGCAACAAACUCUCACUGGUCGCAAGUUCAGUAACCGUGUCGUCGUCACGUCAUACUUCGAUCCAGACAAAUAUCAUCGCAGAGAAUUUUAAUAUUGUAGAAUUACCUGGCUACUUUCAUAGCCUUUUCAUUGUCCUAAUAAUAACUUUUAAGCGACAAGUUCAUUUUUAGUGGACUACUUUUUGUCUAUCUGUCUUGAUUAUAUUAUCAAAAAUAUAAAUAAAUGAAAUAAUUAUG